CUGGUUGUACCUAAAACUACAUCGAACUGUAUCCGUGGGUUUAUAAAAAGAGGAGGCACAAGGUCUUAAAGUUAUUCUUGCAGACACAAAGCAAACAGUAUGAAGGCAUUACAACUGCUAUGUACAGCUUUGGUUGCUGGGGCGGCUUUGUCAAAGCCCCAGGGCACUUCGAACGCGCUGACCAUAUUCACGAGAGUCUUCAGCCUCCCCAACAGCAUGGGGAACUACCUUGACGUCUACCAAUACAUUCCUGACCUCUUCAACACGGGCCUGGAUAAUGACAUCGAAAGCGUUCAUCAAACUGGCAUGUGGAUCUAUUACGAGAACCCCAACUACAACGUGGAGAGCGGGGGCGAAGUGUACUUCGUCCACGGCGUGGACCUCAGUUUGAACUUCCCUAAUCAGUACUGUAACUUGGUGACAUCCAUGCGGUAUGCAGGCAAUAAAGACGUUCCCAACGCGGACACCUGGACGCUCUACGAGGGGGAAUUCUUCUCUGGACUGGAGUUCUAUGGAGAGAGUGAUGCUGCGUCCCUUGAUUACCUCGACCUCAAGGCUUCCUCCAUGGUCCUGACGGGAGAGAGUCCUUGGACCAUAUAUUCAGGUCAGUCGUACAGUGGAGACAGCCGCUGCGUCUACCCCGAUACGGACCACGAUAUCGGGCCCUUUGGCGACAGGUUGGAUUUCGGCAUCUACACGACAAUGUCAGCAGUUGGCGUCCCAGACAACACAAUACGCUCAGUCAAGAAGGGAUGCUGGGCAAGUAAGGUCGCUACCCCUCCGGAGGUCAAGUACGACUUUAAGGACAAG